AUGGCGAUCCGAAAAUUCAUCGCAAGUUGCGCCGCUUUUUCCAAAUCCUGGUCCCCUUAUAUCAUAAAGAAACAAAGCUCCGAAGAUGUUGAGCGGACGAUACUCAACUUAACGCGACUACAACAGUUUCGGCAUCCCAGGGGAGAGUCGAGUCGCCCACAAGGAAAAGUCCUGUUGAAGCGCGAGUUCCCGUGGAUUGAAUGCGUUUUACAUGUGAUAGCAGUGGCCUCAACAGCUACCGUCACCUACAUAAACCUUGCCGCGGUCUAUUGGGCCGACGAGGGGAAUUGGAGACCUCAGUGGUUCUUGGGAAACCUUGGUCAGCAGAACUCGCUCAAGGCAUUGACAUUUGCGGCACAACUCUACAGUAUCCUGGUUACAGCAUCACUAUCUUCGGUGGUACUGUACUUUGUCCGUCGACGACUGGUAGGGAGGGAGGGUCUGCCGUUCGGCCUGCUCGUGGGAGCUUACAGCCUCUCAAACCUCUCCUACUUGUUCCAAUGGGGAGGAUACUGUAUCCGAAAAGCCUGGAAUAUCACAGUGCGAAGAAACAUUCCAAAGCCAUCAGCCUACUCGUCAUGGGGCAAGAAUCACGACACCACCAGCACCGCAAUGAUAGGUCUUAUGAUUGGCAUAGUGAUUGUGCUAUCACUAGUGGUAAAUCCUUUGGCGAAUGUGGCUAUAGUUCCGACGCUUCAGUGGUGGCAUGUUGACCAACCGUACGAUGAUUUCAAAAUGCCCCUUUACUUCAACACCACUGCUUCGGCAAUGUAUCCCCUGCGCGUCACCGGAGAUGUCUGGAAUGCGACUUGUGCGGAAUGGUCUAUUGCGACCUCCUACAAUGGAAAGAGCUGCCCCGGUGCAGGCUUGUGGGAACUUUAUGAGUGGCUCGCUGGCCAAUCGGAUGAGGAGUCGAAUGGCAUCGUCAAUACCACAAUCACAGAGUUCGAGGGUCACGCCCAGCGUGCCCUCACAGCUGUGACGGGGGGUUGGAAAUCGUCUGAUUCAGGGUCAAUUACCGUCGUGCUUACACUGCCGCACCUCAUCCUGAAAGCCUUUGGGCUCCUGUGGGUGUUUAUUCAAACAUGGGAAAACUUUAAAAUUUCGCAACCGUUAUUCUCAGCGAGUCAGACGGCCAAUGUGCUAUUACCUCUGGUACAAGUACAAUGUGCCUAUUACGAUUACAACAGCACGGCCUCUGAUUCUUACGCAGAUGUCGCUUUUGAAAGAUAUAAUUUGCUCGACUCUCUCGGCGAUUGUCAAAACGAGUCCUCUAACAAUGAGCUGAUUGUGCCUGAGGAAUACUGGAACUUUCCCAAGCCCUUGGGUUCAACGAAUUUCACUUGGAUCGAUGUGAAAGGCAAUGGCUCCAUUGGUGCUCUUUUCACAGUCCCUUCGCUGUCUAAGAACGACACGAUAAUAAGCGACGCUUCACCACCCUCAGUACAGUACGGGGGCCCAUUCAGUAAUACUGGGAGCGGGCUGGUCCCUUGCAUCGUCGACGCGCGCUGGGCGGGUGGUGCAUCCCUACAAUACGAUCCUGUCAACAGCGCGCUUGUCUCGAGCAACCCAGCCGAUGGUUGGUCCUUCUUCGGUGAUACGCCCAAUUCAUCAUUUCCGGCAAAUUGUGUCAAGUUUUUGGGCAGCAUAAGUAAUCGUAUCACUAUUGAUUUAAGCUUUGCCCACCUCCUGAAUCUAGGCGGCUACGGAAAAGAACAAUCUUUCGGAAGCAGAUCUUUGAACAUCUCUAGCAUGGAAGCACUUAUGCUCCCCUACAUACACAAUUCCUCCCAUGGGCCCUGGUUCUUACCUCCAGAUUGGGAGCAAGACUGGCCUGCAGCAGGAGUCAGUACCAGUUCUGGAUCUUAUGGGGAACAGGUUGCAGAAACGAUCUCCAGGGUCUUGGGUCUAGUGAUUGCUGAUGGGCUCGCACGCGUAUCAUAUAACGCAGAUGUUUUUGUCUCGCAUUACGGAGGCGAUUUGUUGUCUGACCUACACCCCAACCGCGGCAACUACAGUGACAUGAAUAUUACGACCUCUCAAUCUACAACACUCAGUCUCAACGUGUCUCGCUACGGCUGGGGCUACGGAACAAGCGCAUCAUUGUUAAUCCCAGUCGCAAUCACAGUACUCCUGGCUUAUGCUGUGAUGAUACUUCUGUAUUGGAUAUAUAGGAUGAGAUCCUGGUGGGGGACAGACAGUGAUAAGGGUGGCUGGACCAGUAAGGCCUGGGGUGACCUCAGUGGACUACUUAGGCUUAUUCUGCUCUCCGAUGAGGCGAAGGACCUUCUUCAGAAGGGUGACUCCGGCGAAGCAUUGUGGCUGACUCGUUUUGUAGUCAGAGAGAGGAUGGAAGAUGAAGACCGUCUCCACAUGGUAAUGGUGAAUGACGAAGACGAUGGAGACCUUGCCAAUAUAAUGCCAAGGCAAAUAGAACUGCGAUUCUGGUGCUCUUUUGUAAACAUCCGAGCUGCAGACCGAUUCCCAAUAAGUGAAAUGGCAGCUAUGCAAGCUGGACGACAGGUCGAGAUGGAGCAUUUGUAG